AUGUAUCCUGGUCGGAUUGAUUCUUGCCUGAAAGCAGGUGCCAUUAAGAAGAAGGUAUAUCAUAGCUUCGAGAAGAAAAUUAUCGAUACCGCCGCCACCGCCGGUCCAACAAGCACUGCGAAGGUAGGUGGUCAGGAGGGCGGAACGGCAGCGCAACAAGCGCAACCACCAGCACCAAGCCCAGCUCAACCUCAAUCGGGUGCGCCGACCGGAGGGCAACCAGGUCCGCAGCAAGCCACGCAAGGACAAAUGCCUGGUACCGGUGCUCCAACGGAUGCGCAUAAAUGCCAACGACGCGAGAGUCAAGCGAACGGUGAGAUGAGACAGUGCACCUUGCCGGACUGCAAAACCAUGAAAAACGUUUUAAAUCACAUGACAAAUUGUCAAGCUGGAAAGAAUUGUACUGUGCCACACUGUAGCAUGUCUCGGCAGAUCAUCGAUCAUUGGAAGCACUGCAAUCGAAGUGACUGCCCAGUCUGCUUGCCGAUAAAACAAGCAAAUAAGAACAGGACUAAUUCUGCGCAAAGUGCAAAUUUGACGCCCGAUCCACAAAUGUGUAGAGUCUUACUGCAACAAAUGAAUGAUAACUCUUCACCGGUCGAUGCCGAACAAACGGCACAGAAGGCCAAGAAAAAGAAAGUAUCGAUACAGAGAUGUAUUUAUGCAUUGGUGCAUGCUUGCCAAUGCAGAGAUGCAAACUGUCGUUUACCGAGCUGCCAGAAGAUGAAGCGAGUAGUUAUGCAUACGAAGAACUGCAAGAGAAAGACAAAGGGUGGUUGUCCUAUUUGCAAACAACUGAUCGCGUUAUGUUGUUAUCACGCAAAACACUGCCAAGAGACCAAGUGUCUCGUCCCACUCUGUUUUAACAUUAAGCCCAAAAUAAAGCGGCAGCAAUUGCAGCAUCAAGCUCAACCGGGGAUGGGAAUGAGUGCUCAGUUGCCGCGACAACCAGGAGUGAUCGGACCGGUGGGACAGGUCGGUCCGCAGGGAGGCAUGCAGAAGCAUGCUCUUCAGCAACUGACGCAGACUCUCAGGAACCCGCGCACGCCCGACCAGCAGAACCAAAUGCUCCAAAUACUCAAGAGCAAUCCACCGUUAAUGGCUGCUUUUAUUAAGCAACGAAAGGCGACUUCAACAAUGGUACUAAGAUCCAUGCGGACAACCAAGGGCUACAAGAAGGCGAUUUAAAUUCAUCACAGCUACUCGUGCAGCUGUAAUGAAUCCAAGACCAACCGACCCUGUGGCCGCUAUGCUGGAGCAACAGACGUCAAACGGAUGCAAAUAAUCAAAUAUUCAAAACUGAUAACAGAUGGAAGUUAAAAGGCAUGAAUCAAAUGUUUAAUAAUAUAAUUCAUAAUAUACUAUAAUAUAAAAUAAAAUAUAUACUAUAAUACUAUACUAUA